UUGUGCAGAUUUUUCUGUGUGUUUUUGGUGGGUGGGGUUACUUUAAAACUUUUAUUCCCUUCUCAACUAUAAAGCAGAUUGUGAAAACUGUCUCGAAUAGCUCAAAUUGUUUUGAUCAUCUUGCCUAGAGAAGAUGUCUUUCCUCAAGAAAUUCUUCCAAAACAUCAUCCAUGACAGAAACCCUGAGGAUGACCAAAUUAAAGUCAAAGGAAAGUUGACACCUGUGUUUUACGGGACUGUGUCUCCAUACCCAAACUUCAAUGCAACUAAGGAUGCUCAGGUUCUGCAAAGUGCAAUUGAAAGUAAAGGGGUGGAUGAGGAUGUAAUUAUUUCAGUCUUGGUCAAAAGAAACAAUGAGCAGAGACAGAAGAUCAAAGCAGUUUAUGAGGCUUUAACUGGUCAGCUAUUGAGCAAAGCCCUGAAGUCUGCGCUCAGGUCAGAUUUAGAGGACAUAUGUCUGGCCUUACUAAUGCCGCCAGCCCACUUUGACGCCUACCUGAUCAGAGCUGCAACCAAGAGACUGGGCACAGAUGAAGAUGUCCUAGUGGAGGUUCUGGCAACCAGGUCAAAUGAAGAAAUCCGAGAGUUGACGAGGGCCUUUAAAGAAGACUACGGGGAAGACCUGAAGGAGAUUAUUAAGGAUGAAACAAGCGGUGACUUCACUGCAGCACUUCUGAGAAUGUUGGAGGCCGACAAAGAUGAGAGCACGGAUGUUGACAUGGAUCGGGCCAAAAAGGAUGCCAAGACUCUGUUUGACGCGGGUGAGAAUACAAAAGGAGUGGACAUCUCUCCUUUUUUGGACAUUUUGACGAAACGCAGUGGGCCUCAACUCUCCAAAACAUUCCAGAUGUAUGCCUGUGUCAGUGACAUGACGUUACCUAAAGCUCUGGACAUGGAGCUCAAAGGAGACAUUGAAGACUGUCUCAUUGACAUUGUGAAAUGUGCGUGGAGCACACCAGCCUUCUUUGCCGAGAAGCUCCAUCGAGCUAUGAGGCGCCACGGAACGUGUGAAGAUACACUGAUCAGGGUGUUAGUAAGUCGCUCAGAGGUAGACCUGAAGAGAAUCCUGGAAGAAUACAGGGCUAUGUAUGAUGCAACUCUACAGGAGGACAUACUGAAAGACACAGAGCAUCAUUUUGAGAAGAUCCUCAUUGGACUGUGUGGACCCCACUGAGAAACCACUUCACUGAAAUUUGAGACGAAAAUGAGGCGAAUAAGAGAAUAUCAGAUGUCUCAUAUCUUUGAAUUAGUGGAAAUUGCUAUGGUAGUCUGUUUAGUUGAUAGUGAUAAAAUUAGUAAUAGCAGAUGCUGCAUGAUUAUACUGUAUGUUUACUGAGAAAAAAAUGGAUGAAAAGAGAGAGGAUUCAAGUGUCUUUUAAAGCUUAAGUUAUUUCCAAAUAAAAAAUUUAAUAAAAAUUCUAU